GUAGGUUUGAACAGCCAACCUUUAGGUUACUAGUCCAGUGUGAACUGUUUGCACCACCCAGGGACCGCUUGUAAAAGAGAAGACUCAGAUUUAAACAGGCUCCUUCCAAAAGGCUGUGCUCGGAGGUCAGAGCAUUCCAGCCACUAAAAAGGUGGAGCCAAGAGAAAUUCACAUCUCCAGGCCUGCAUUAAACAUUCCCCAUUACAAUGCAACAUACCAAAUAACCUAAGAUGCCUAAAGUGGCUCCCCACGUGCCCUAACAGAACACAAAGCAGAGUACUCUGCGCACAUAAAUUAAAGGAGGCCCUUUAACACUCUGUGCAGUGGAAAAUUUAUAAUUUGGCAUCAGGUCUACUGGCAGGGUUCAUGUGAAACUACAGGGCUGACACCUGCCCCUUGCUCCUCCUACCUCCUCCAAAAGAAGCACACUCACGUGUCGACCUUGGUUUAAAAAAGUCCUAGGCUUCCAGUUUUAGUGGGGUAGGUGUCAUGAGGCCUGGAUUUGCAUCCUAUUCUUACAACGGGAGGUCACGUGUGUCCCUAGGCAUUUCUGCUCUCAGUCCCAGCGCCCUCAGUAGGUAUGACGCGACCGCCCUCUGCCCACAGCUCUGUGACACCCCUUCCUCAGCGGCUGUAACAGCUAUCGUCCCGCGAGAAUGACCUAAAAAGUCACGAGAGCACUCUAGGCGAUGUCUGCUCCAGUGGCCGCCACUCCCCUCCAGAAGGCGCCACUCCCCUCCAGUAGGCAGGCCCUAGUAAAGGCCGAACGGCCUGGGUUCACCGAGCACCCAGUGUGCACCUCGCCCGGCGUCUCUCUUGAGAGACACCGGUCUCGGUCCUCAAGCCCAGGAAGGCCGCCAGGAGCUCCUGCCGCGCCAGAACCCGGUACCGGGGAGCCCCGCGCCGCCGCCCCGCCGCCAUGAGCGGCCCCCUAAGGUCAGGACCGAGCAGCUGGCGGCGGGCGGCCUCCGUGGUGCUGGCGGCGGGCUGGGGGCGCCCGGACCCCGCCGCCCCGUCGUUGCCCGCCGCGGGCUUCCGGCUGCUGCUGCUGCAGCGCUCCCAGCGCCAGGGCUUCUUGCCCGACGCGCACGUCUUCCCGGGCGGCGUGCUGGAUGCUGCCGAUAGCUCCGCCGACUGGCAGCGUCUCUUCGCGCCCCACCUCGGGCCGCCGCGCUUCGGCCUGAGCUCAGCGUUGCCCUCGCGCGCCGCCUUCCCCGUGCUGCCGGGCGACCGGCCCGACGCCGCCGACAGCGACCCCGCGGCGCUGCUGGAUGACGUAGCCCUCCGCAUCUGUGCGAUCCGCGAGGCCUUCGAGGAGGCGGGUGUGCUGCUGCUACGGGCUCGCGGCGCCCAGCCGCACUCAGGGCCCGCGCCCGAGCCCGGCUGCGCCCUCGCGCCGCCGCCCGACCUGGAAGCUUGGCGCGCUCGUGUCCGCAGCGACCCGCGCCACUUCCUGCACCUGUGCGCACACCUGGACUGCACGCCCGACAUCUGGGCGCUGCACGACUGGAGCGCCUGGCUGACGCCGUUCACGCGCCCCGGCGGCCGUCGCUUUGACACAGCCUUCUUCCUGUGCUGCCUGCGCAAGCCGCCGACCGCCUGCCCGGACAUGGCCGAGAUGGUGGGCUACCAGUGGUUGUCUCCGUCAGAAGCAACGGAAAGUUUCCUAUCAAAAGAAAUUUGGUUGGCACCCCCACAGUUCUACGAAAUAAGAAGACUAGCAAAUUUCGCCUCUCUCUCAGACUUGCACAAAUUUUGUUUGGAUCAUGCAUUAGAAGGGAGGGAAAGAUGGCUGCCAAUCACGUUAUUAACUGCAGAUGGAGCACUCCAGCUUUUACCAGGAGAUGAACUAUACUUGGAAGAUUCAGACUACUUAGAAAAUAGUUUAUCCACUGAGAAAAAAAUUGAAGAAAUCAUGAAGGAAGGCAAAAAAUUUCACCGAGUAGUGAUGCAUGAUCGCCAUCUUUAUAGUAUCCAUGUGACUGUUCCGACAAAGCAUAAACACGUUUAUCCGAAGACCUAUGUAGUGGCUAAGAGCCGUGUGUAGGGUGUUGCUUCUUUGGAAGUUGGCCUAUUUGAAGUAGUCCUAAUGAAUGAGGGUUGACUAAAGCUGCCUGAAACUUAAGGAAAUUUGUGCCUGUAAAAGUUAUAGCACAUUCUUUCUUAUUGCAAAUGUAUAUACUGAACUCUCUUGCUUAUUUUAUUUCUUAAAUCUUAGUGUACCACAACUAUAAAGUAUUGAUGAUCUUUUUACCAUAAUGAGAAUAAAUUUCACAAGAGUU